AUGGCUGAAGAAUCUUGGAUGACACCUUUAAGAAGCUAUCUUGCGGAUAACAAGUUACCUGAGGAUGUGAAUGAGGUGCGAAAAAUAAAGAAAAACUCAAGUCGAUAUACACUGAUCGAUGACCAUUUGUUUAGGUAUGGAUUUUCUAGGCCCUUGAUGAUUUGCGUAGGUAGGAGAGAGGCAUUUCGGCUCAUGACCGAACUCCAUGAGGGCAUAUGUGGAAGUCACGUUGGAGGGAGAGCACUGAUGUUGCGGAUAGUUCAGGGUGGGUUCUUUUGGCCCACUAUGAAGAAUGAUUGUAUAGAGUAUGUCAGGAAAUAUGAGUCGUGUCAGAAACAUGCUGAUUGGAGCCAUGCACCACCAGAGGUGUUGCAUUCUAUUAAUACACCUUGGCCCUUUCACACUUGGGGAAUAGACAUUUUGGAUCUGUUUCCUAUAGGGGUGAGACAGCUCAAGUUUUUGAUUGUUGUUGUAGAAUAUUUUACAAAAUGGAUUGAAGCCGAGCCGGUUGUUGUGAUUUCGGGUAGUCGGGUUUUCUCUUCGGUGGAGCAUCCUCAAACGAAUGGUCAAGCGGAAGCGGCUAAUAAAGUGAUAUUAAGGGGUGUGAAACGAAGAUUGAUGGCAGCAAAAGGAGAGUGGCCAAAUGAGAUACACCGAGUGUUAUGGGCAUACCAUACCACACCUCAGACGUCUACUCGAGAAACUCCAUUUACCUUGGUAUACGGCACAGACGCAAUGAUCCCGAUAGAAAUCAUGGAAAACACGGGAAGAGUAAGGUUGCUUGAUGAGGAGGUUUCUGAGGUUGGGUUGCAGGAAAACCUUGAUGUUAUAGAUGAAGUAAGGGACUUGGCCCAGAUUUCGGGUGAAGCAAUGAAGAGGAGGUUAGAAAGAAGUUACAAGACUAAGGUAAUACCUCGGGGUUUCCAGGCACAGGAUUUGGUAUUAAGGAAGGCACAGUUAAUUCAGAUGGAUAGCAAGUUGGCGCCAAAGUGGACCGGGCCUUAUCGUGUUAAAGAAGUAUUGGAGGAAGGAGCUUACAAAUUGGAGACAUUAGAGGGAAAAGAGAUACCACGGACAUAG